CCAAAGCUACCAGAACUAGACACCGUAAAUCUGAUCGUGAUCAAGAAAAACUUUCAAGCUUAAGUUCAAGUUCUGAUUUAAUAAUUGAUGAUACCUUAAGAAGAUCUGAAAGUAGCAGUUUAUUAUAUAGUAUAUUUGAUUCGCCUAUGGAUAUUGAUGAUUGGAUAUAUGUAGAUGAUAAAUCUUUAACAAAUACUGAAGUUGACGAAUUUCUAACAGUUCUGAAAUUGAUGAAUUUUCCAACAGUUCUGGAAUUGAUGAAAUUUUUAAUAGUUCCAAAAUUGAUGAAUUUUCCAGCUCAAGUGAUUCUCCUAUUACAUAAUCAACUAUCAGAUGAAAUGGCUUGUGCUCUAAGAUUAUUUGAGGUUAAAUCACGUUGUAACUUAACAGAUGAUGCCUUUCGGCAAACUAUACUAGCAGUUAAUAAUGUAAAUUUAGAACCGAUAUGGAUUGAUAUGUGCAUUAAUUCCUGUUGUACAUAUACUGGACGAUAUAAGAAACAUAUUCAAUGUGAAUAUUGUGGAACACCAAGAUAUAAAAAUGCAACAUCAAAUGAAUUGAGAUAUUGUGCUAACUAUACUUGUCAUCAAGGUUUUGGUUUAAAUGGUAAUAUUGGGAAUAUAUUUGAUGGUACAAGAUAUCAAGAACUUUUAUCUAGCAAUCUUUUUCAAGAUGAACGAGAUGUAGCAUUAACUGGUUCA